UCUCUUUGCAAUGAUAACGGUCGGAUUUUGUGAACCCUUUCCGGUGUUUAAUUUUUUAUUUAAUUUUAGUUUGUUGUUUUGUCAAGUUGUCACUCAUUCAAAAUACUAAGUGACUUGCUAGUGUGUGUGGCAUGAAAUGAAAGUUCUCAGAGUAAAAUUAAAAUAAAAAUUAAAUUUAAGUGCUGCCGCAACAAAGCAGAUUUUUUUUGUUUAUAAAGUUAAUUUUAAAAUUAAAAACUAAUUCAGUUGGCAAAAAGUUACGCCUCCGAUUCAUACUUAGUGUUAUUGGCUAAAGUUUGUGUGUGUUUGACUCAGCGAGCAAAGUGUAACCCUACAAAAUUUACGGUCUAUCGUUAUAACACUAAACAAAUAAGGAGCCGCCAAGUAAUCACUGUGAAGCGCACUUACUUGCGGUUACCACCGAAAUCGAGGCGCUGAAGCAAGCUCUACUCGAGAAACACAAUCAAAUAAUCGCCAUGGAGACGGCUUGUAUACAGGAAACCGAGCGGCAAGUCGAAUUGGAAGAUAGUGUUAUUGCGUGGCAAGAUAAAUACGAUCGACUGUAUGAGUCGCAUAAACGUGUGCAAAAGGUGAAUCAAAGUUUGGAGGAUAAACUGUUAAAAUUAGUGGAUCGGAAUAGUGGCGAGAGAGCACAGCUGACCAGCGAUGUGGCAACUUUGAGCGUACGAUUGGCACAGGCGAAUUUCAAUAUAGCGAAAUUACAGCGUGAAAUAGAGCGUUACAAGUCGGAUAUAAAUUUAGCAAUACAACUACUACAAUGUAAGCCUGAUAGUUUUAUGCCACAGAAGGUGUCAUCGCUGCCGGUUGACAUACAAUCAAAAGUAUGCGCCUACAUGCGUUUGGAUACGAAUUCGCAUUCUGAUUCGGAAGGCAGCACCAGCGGUGUGGGCACCGCCACCACAGCUUCCUAUAAAGUACUUCCAGCAUCGGACUCACCGCCGCCAACCGCAUGCCCCUUCCCGCCAACAGCAAUGGUAUACUCAAUGCGGGGGCUUGGUAAGUGUUAGUAAUCCUUGAUUUUAGUUUUUUUGAUUUUUAUUUCUAUUUUUUUAUUUAAUUAUUUACUUCAUUCUUCCUUAGAUGGCUUUAUUUACAGUGCGUCGAUAUUAAAUUCGUUUUAUUUAAUUAAAUAUUCUCUUUUGUUUUGGUAAAAAAAUAUAUUUAUUUAUUGAGGUGAAACAGAGUAGAGAGAUCGCAUAAAGAGGAAUGAAUCCUUGAGACGUAACUUAGGAUUGGGAGUAAAAAUAUAGUACUACAGACUUUUGUUUCGAAUAAUUAAUUGCGAAAAAUUCUGUGAAAAUCCAUUUUUCAUCGCAUAAAAAGUUCCCAAAUUCUUAUUUAUCUAUUGUGGUAAUUGCUCACAGGUCCUCUUAAUUGACUUAGGAAAUACUUACGCAAUCGGAGUCAGCAAUCGUACGCCAUUUUUUCUCUCUUCGCUUAUCGACGAUAAACCAAGACCAAAUGCAGUUGGAUAAUUCCAAGAGUUAGGGGAUCCUCCCAUUCCUCUCCUUCUACGAACAGGUAUUGCAUCGAACACUUUUAAAGCUGUGGUAUUUACUUACGCUCAGAUGACAACAUCAACGUAUUCCUCCUCAACGUAUUCUCCUACAGCUCAACGUUCCAUAGCUUGCGAUUCUUCGUCCCUUUCUACUUCUUAACUGGUGUAGACACCGCUUGCGUGAUUAAAGCCAAGUUAACAACAUUGCGCCUUUCAGUCCUUGUUUUCGCUGUUUGCUGCCCAUUGGAAAUACCAAGUACGGCCAAGUCCCAACGUAGUGUAGAUGGAAGCACAGGACGUCACCGGCAGGUAUUGCAUCAACAACUUUCAAGGCUGGUGUAUUCUUAUCCGUCCAGAGCACAUGACCACAUGGCCAGCGUAGCCGAUGUUUCUUCAUUCACUGAACUAUGUCAAUGUCGCCAUAUAUUUUGUACAGCUCAUCGUUCCAUCGGAUGCUGUAUUCGCCGUUCCCAACUCGCAACCGGUAACCUUUCUCUCGAAAACACCUUACGCUUAUGCUAGACCAAAAUGAUGAGCGACUUGUAGAGUUUGGUUUUUGGUUCGCCAAAGUCGAGUCCAGAUCCAUUCAUUCCGCAUCCUUACGCAGUCUAGAGAAAGCAGAACUUCCGACGCGGUUUUCAUAAAUGUGAUAUCAUAUCAUCAGCAUAGGCCAUUUUGUAGCUCUGCAGCCCGAAUUAUUUUAUCUAGUUUUAAAUCAAAAAAGUCGCAUGAUAAAUAUUCGCUUUGUUGGAUGUCCCAUUUACUAUCGAAUGACUCAGGGAAGGCCUUGCCAAUGGUAAGGGAGCUUUUUGGCGUUGUUCAGCGUCUGCUUCCAAACCGUAGGGAUACCAAAUUCAGCGGUAAGCAGCAACUUGUCGCGCUAUCUAAGGCUGUUUUAAAAUCGAUGAGGAGAUCGGGCUGGAUAUACCAGGUUUGAGGCCUCGACGAUAUGGUCCAUUGACGAUGAUCUUUAUAUUUCACACAAUACGCAAGGAUAUUUGACGCAGAAGUGAGGAGCACGUUCAUUUUUGUUGUUUUGACAGAACUGCAAUCGUCAAGCUUAACCAAAUUUCUCGCUUUGUUGUUCUAUAAGGGCAUAUUCGCUUUUCGAACUUCGUUAGAAUCAGAUCGGGGAACAUCAACUCCAUCAUCAAUGAUAAGGAAUUCUUCUUCUUAGCACUCUCUUUAACUCUCCAACAGAGCGCACGUUACGCUCAAUCGCAAUUUUACGAGGUAGGAAAUCUUCUUCUCUCCACUGCGUUACGACAAUCCUCAUCGUAUUAGCUCUUCGCCGAAUACUUAUAGUUUCGUUGAUGGUUAUACGUAGGGAGCUAGAAAAUCAGAGUUACUAAUGAGUUCUCUCAGAGUGCAAGUGGAGCAGAAAACAAGCUUUUUGCAGCAAUUCUGACUUUUCAAUUUGAAUCUUUGGUUUUGUUCGUUUGCGGUCGCACUUUGCCUCACAGAGACAGGUGCAUGUCUUCGCUGCGAUGAGAUAGUGAUCCCAGUUGUUGUUAGGUUCUCAGAUCUAGAACACUGAUGACAUGUCCUCUGUCUAUUAAAACUUGAUCGAUUUUUUUGCGCGAUUCUCGGCUCACUGCCAGCCUUUACAGUUGAUAACUGCGCUUAUGCUGAGUUCUAGUACUAAAAACAACACUCUUUCGAUACCGGCAAGCCUGAUUAGGUUUAAGUCAUUUGAAAAUUCUUUGUCAUUGUUGCAACGAAUCGCCUUUUUCUUAAGCCCAAUCGGUACGCAAAUCAACGUUAAGCUGAAGAACUUCGUUUCGAAGUGGAUUGUGACAAGACGAAAACUCGCCGACUGAAUCUCUCUCUCAGCAUGAAACCGAGACCAAAUUUGCUCUCUUUUGUAUAGCUAUUGUGGUAGAUUUCAUAAGGACCUACCUUCUUCUUUCCUUGGGCCGUUCAACACCCUUCUUGUAUGGUUUAAGGACAUCGACACCGGCACCUUCCCAGUUAGUGGGCCGGACAUUCCAGGUUUAAAAUGAGUUAUAAUUUCAUUUCAUUUUAAUUUUAAUUAUAAU